AUGCACGAGCUCUCAUUGUUCGCCUCGGUCCCUGACCACCAGCAUCAUGAGCUCCUUCAGCAGCUUGCCGGGUUGACGGCUAUGCAGCCUCGCCACGCCCUAGAGCGUCGGUUGAUUUUCAAAGCCUACCGGGCGCCAGGACAGACCGCGGUUCGCACCGGAGGUAGCCAAGAUGUACAAGCGGGCGACAUGCAAAAGCUGAAUAAGAUGCUUAAUGGUGGCAUGUUCUACACGCAGGUUGUCGGCCCCGUUUCGGAAGCGGAUUUCGGGUCCAACCCGGCCCCUGAUCAUGACACCCAAAUGGAUGGCGCGGAUGACUCUCAGUCUAGCCCCCAGGGACAAUUGCCGUCGUCAUAUGAUUAUGACCAACAGCCCUGGAAACUGGAGUUUAGAGAUAUCCCCGAGGCAGGUACUCGUUCCGCUGUCACAGCCCGUGUCAUGGCGAGCGCCACGCUGCCACGGGGCGAUAUUGCCCCGUCCAUGAAUGCAUGGGGUUAUCGCUUUAUGACCGAGUAUGUAGUCGAGGGUGAUAUCUUCAUUCAUAACGACAUCACCAUUUUCUUGCACCGUGUGCUUCAUUACCCGGUGAGCCAGCAACAGGGUUCCAGUCUGCCUCGGCAAACGCUUCCUGCAUUAAAGGAGAUGGAAACUCAGAUGCAGAGUAUGAAAGCAUCGCAGGCGACAAUGGGCUAUGUACUGCAGGCGUUUAUAAACGUGCAGGACGGGAGUAAUCAGGAGACGAUGAAGACGGCAUCCCAACACCUCUUUGGCCUGCGGGAACAACUCAAGUCUGCUGUGAAGCUGGAACAAGCAGAUCGGUUGUCUCUUGAUACAAGGGUCAAGGACAGGGGAGGUCAGAGAUAA